AACUAGCAGGUGUAGGAACGAGAAUUGACGAAUUGACCGACACCAGUACCAGAGAUCUCAGUACGGUAAAAUGGCAGAAUAUUUCGGAUUAGUGUGCGAUAGGAUCUCAUAGUCGCGUUUCCUAUGCUCCAGCGAAGGAGGAAAGACACAUGCUCAACACUGUCCAAUUGUACCUCCUGCGUAUCAGUUAUCAUAAUGACCAAAGAAAAGGCCUUAACCCCUAGAACCGGACGUGGAGACAUCUUCAUGAGCAUCAAGCCCGAACAUAUGCACAGUAUUGCGACUGGCGCAAAGAAUCACGAAUACCGCCGCUACCUCCUCCCAUCGAGCGUUCGUCGCAUCUGGUUCUACACGUCUGCCCCCAUGUCGCGAAUCGAACAUGUCGCCCGCAUCUCUCACGGCAAAGUCCCUGGUGAAGUCCCAGAGGACGGCGGUAUUGGUAAUGAGGACUUCAAUGCGGGCAGAAAGGUCUCAAAAUACGGCUAUGAAAUACUUGAUUUGUGGAAAUUGAGGGAGACAAUCAGCCUGAAGUUAGCUAUCGCAAAGGGGUUUUUAAAGGGUGCACCCCAGAAGUAUUGUUGGGUCCCAGUCGCUCUCCUAGAGAGCUGCCCACUGGACAGACAGGAUCAUAUAAUCUCAAAGGCACCCGAAGAGCGCCCUGUUGAAAAGAAAAAGCAACAUGAUCUAGAAGAAUCCAAGAGAGCAUCCAGUUUGCCGGGACCGAGGAAGAUAUCAGAAUUCUUUACGAAGUCAGAUCCAGUGAACUAACAGGGAAUGCUGAAUUAUGGGCCGUCAUUAACUGUUACAAUGA